GAGCGAUCAGACGCGUUGCUUCUCAUUCUGGAGCUGUUCAGGGAGCAAACUGCCGAUGAUUCUCCGCACACAACGUGUUCUUUUCAAUUGUGAUAGUGCAGUUGUUGAUACCGGAAGUAAGUUUACCCUGCGAGGGGCUCCCUCGGAAGCGAGAAACGCGGAAGUGUGAUAAAGGCCUAUUUCCUCCAGUGCUAAGUCGCUUUGUCCUGGUUCAGCCACGAGAGGGAUUCACCUCCAUUCUCAACAACAAGACCUCUUCUACAGCUCAUCAUCAAAGAUGAACUAGAUGAUAGAAUAUACACCAAAAGGCAAAUGUUUCUUUAUAAUGGAGCAAAGUUUGCCAUCUCUGCUGAACCUCAUGCAAACAAACUCUGAAGAUAAAAUGAGCAGUACGCUUCCUUCCAAUAAUCAAGAGCUAAUUUCAUUGCACUGUGUGAGUGGAUACUUAAAAGGGGAAAAUGACACAUUGACAAAUACAGUGAUAAUGCAAUCAGAGUUCAGUCAGUCAGACAUUCCCCAAAGAGAAGUAAAAGUGGAAUAUGAUCAAGAUGCCUCUUCAUUGGUUGAUGUGAACAUAAUAGAAAUGUCCCCUCAUUCUCAUGGUGGUGCGACAGAUGAGUUCCUGGACCUUGGUCUACAAGUUAUGAAGGAAGUGCCUGAUGACUUAACAACUGAUCUAAUACCUCCAGUUGAGAUGGAUGAUGAGUUCGAAAGGAACACUCUUGCUUUUUCUGAUAAACCUCUGAACAGAAGAAAAAAAAUUGCAGAAAGAAGUGCUGCAUCCAGAAAAAGAAAAACAACAGGGAUAAAUUGUGAUGCAUCAAUCCAAGGAAUGAAAUGUUCAACAGAGCAGUUGUUGUCCGUGGUUCACCGAAUUGUUGAAAGGAAUACAGCUGAGCGUUUGGGAACGGUUGGAGAAGAAUAUGAAUCCAUCGCCUCCCCAGAUUCAGAAUCUGAGCUCUCCGACACUGAAGACCCAGAAUGUAGCAGUUCCACAGAUGUGACAGUGGGUCAGGAAAUAGUGGGAGCAGUUGGCAGUACAACUGACUUUGAGUACUCAUCUGCAGAAUCCAGUGAUGAAGAGAGUAAAGAUCACUUGAGUCGACAGAGUAAUAAUGAGUCUUAUUGGAGCAAAGUUCCUCCUCCUCAAAGUGAAACCAGAAGCUCUACAUCAAGGAGCUGUCCAGGACCUGCACUAGGACCAUCAGUUGUGACACCUAAAGAUGCUUGGGAACUUUUCAUCAGUGAAAACAUCAUUGAUGAGAUCCUUCAAUGCACCAACAUGGAAGGACAGAGAGCAGCAUCAGCAAAAGGCAAAUUGUGGAAAGAGGUCACUAAAGAAGAGCUAAAAGCCUUUAUUGGUCUGACACUACUUAUCGGUAUGGAAAAAAAUGAGGAUGUCCCUACACAGGAGCUGUUUCUAGAUCCAUUACAGAACCCACUUUAUAAAGCUACCAUGUCAGGCGGACGAUUUGAGGACAUUGGCAGAUACCUGCGAUUUGAUGACAAGAGAACCAGAGUAGAAAGAGAGACAUCCGACACAUUGGCAGCCUUCAGACAUGUGUGGGAUCGGUUCCUAAUCAACUGUAGAGAAAGGUUCAUCCCUAGUGAUUGUGUCACUGUUGGUGAACAACUUGUGUUAUUCAGGGGCAGGUGCAAGUUUCUGCAAUUCAAGCCAGGCCCACCUACCAAAUACGGUAUAAAAAUCUUUUGGAUGUGUGAUGCCAGAGUCCCAUAUGCCAUUGACGCUGUCAUCUUCAUAGGAAGACUGCCAGGAGAGGUGAACCCUGCAGAGAACACUGUCCUAAAGUUGUCCAGUGGACUCCAGGAAACAGGUCUCAACAUUACAAUGGGCAAAUACUUUACCAGUGUCCCUCUGGCAAAAAAGCUGCUUGAGAGAAAUUUGACCAUGGUUGGAACCCUUCACCAUAAUAAUCCAGAUGUACCACCAGUCAUGUGGCCAUCCAAGUUACGAGCACUUUAUAGCUCUGAGUUUGGUUUUUGUGGCAAUAUGUCCAUGGUAAGCUAUGUGCCAAAGUUAAAAAAGGCAAAGAUCCUGUUAAGCACCAUGCAUACCAGCAAAGCGCUGGAUAAAACAAGUGCUAAAAACAAGCCAGAGGUCAUCCAGUACUUCAACCUCACCAAAGGAGGAGUCGACAGUGUUGACCAAAUGACCCGGAAUUAUACCUGCAGACGCAAAACAGGGAGAUGGCCCACAUUGCUGUGGUAUAAUAUGUUGGAUGUUGCUGUUGUAAACUCCUACUCCAUUUUUAUUGCUCAGCACCCCAACUUCAUGUCAAGUGGUUAUAACAUGCAGAGGUUGUUCAUGAAGGAACUGGUGAAAGAGCUUGUAAUGCCUCAAAUGCAUAGGCGUUGCGAAGAAACCCCAAAGUUACCAAAGACCAUCCUUGAGGCCAUGAAAAUAUGUGGGGUAGUAAAAUCAUGGCCAGGUAUAACCAGUCAACUUCAAGAACAGCGCGACCUGCGGAAAAACAGAAAGAGAUGUUCUUACUGUCGAGCUACAAGAGACAGAAAAGUGAGCACAACCUGCUCUCAUUGCAGUGCCCCUGUCUGUAAAGACCACAGUGGCAUGUUGGUGAUUUGCUGCCAAUGCAUGCACUAAGAUCCCACACACAGACGUAUUUCCGUGUAGGUUCUGUACUGUUAGACUAUAAUACUGAAAUGUUAGAUAUACAAGUAAUGUAUUGAAUCUUGUUCUGAAAGAUUUCAAUGUUUUUUGUAAAAGUGGUUUAUUUGAUUACAAGAAAUUGUAAUAGGCAGUUUUAGGAAUAAUAUGCAUCUUAUUGAAUUGCAAAUACAUUCUUGGGGUACAAUUAACUAUGCAUUUUAGGGUUAAGAUCCGUGAGGUGAAUUAAGUUUUAGAAAGUGGUGCAGGAGGAUGAGUAUCUUAACACCACAAGGUGGAGCACAAAUUAGUUUGCCAUUGAAUUUUGUAGCUACCACAGGUGAGUCAAUCAAACAUUGAAAUGCUUAUGAAUCCAUUAGGACAUGUCAAAACCCUCCUGCUUUCGACUGGUUGUGCAAAAUGCAGCCUUUUUAUCAUGGGUUUAUUUUUUUAUGUAUUUAUUUGUUUUAUAUUUUAUGAUUACCUACUCUAUUUAAUUAUAAAAUAAAUUGGAUAC